AUGCCCAACGAGAUCAAAGACAUUGCGACCUGCGAUGAGACGUCUUUCCCAUAUGUCUUUGAACAGAAUGUAUCGAUUCAGUUGAAGGAUGGGUCGGGCGUGGUACGAUGCAAUGUUUAUCGCCCCAAGGGCUCUGAAAAAGUUCCUGCCUUGGUGACCUACGGGCCAUAUGGUAAGGAUAUUCCCUACAAGGAUUUCCACCCCAAAAGUUUCAGUGAGGUCAACCCAGAGCAAAAAUCUGAGCACUCGGCUUGGGAGACUCCCGAUCCAAAAUACUGGACCAGCAAAGGGUAUGCCGUCGUGCGAGCAGAUGAGCGUGGGACCGGUCAGUCUAUCGGCAAGCUCGACACCAUGUCCCGAGGGACCAGUGAAGCCUUCUUUGAUGUGGUCGAAUGGGCCUCUGAGCAGCCCUGGUCAUCCGGCAAGGUUGGUCUACUGGGAAUCAGUUACUUCGCCGGAAGUCAAUGGCGUGUCGCUGCUAGACAGCCCAAGGGUCUUGCGUGCAUGAUUCCUUGGGAGGGCAUGUCAGACUACUACCGCGAUCGCUGCCGCCAUGGUGGCAUUCUCUCCAACGCCUUUAUCAAAUUUUGGUGGAACCGCCAGGUGGUGAGCAACCAAUACGGCCUCGGCGGCCGUGCUGCUCGCAACUGGGGACCCGACACCAUUGAGGGAGACCUGUCGGAGGAGGAAUUGGUGCAGAAUCGCCAGGAUCAGACAAUCGAUAACCGCGAGAACAAGUUCCGUGACGACCUGUACUACGCUUCAAAGGAAUACAGCAUGUCUGACAUUCAAGUCCCACUGCUUUCUGUCGCCAAUUGGGGCGGUAUUCUGCUGCAUCUGCGUGGCAACGUUGAAGGAUGGACUCACGCUGGCUCCGAGCUCAAAUAUCUUCGAUUCAUCACCGGUCGUCACGACCUGCCAUUCUACUACACCGAAGAAGUCGAGCUUCAACGCAGCUUCUUGGACGCCUUUUUGAAAGGAGAGGAUCGCGAAGGGUGGUCCACAGGCAAGGCCCCCAAGGUGGACAUGGUCCUGCGAAAGGGCAAUCCCGGCUUCGACAAUGCCGAGGCUGAGAAGGCUUUCCCUCGUCGCAUCGAGCAUGAGUGGCCCAUCGCCCGAACUCAGUACACAAAGUACUACCUGACAUCUCAGCAGGAACUGAUCACAUACGCUCCCAUUGAGCGCCCAUGUAAGAUCACUUACCAGGCUCUGGGCACUAUGGAGAGCCCACAAAUGGUGCAGUUCGUCACUCCAGCCUUUGAGAAGGAGACGGAGAUCACAGGACACAUUGUUGCUCAUUUGAACGUCUCUAUGAGUGCCAGUCCCGGUUCUCCGACACCUCAAGAUUUAGAUCUUUUUGUCACACUCAGAUACAUCGCUCCCGACGGCAAGGAAGUGUAUUACACCGGUACCGCGGGUGACCCCGUUCCGCUGUGCAAGGGCUGGCUGCGUGCGAGUAUGCGCAAGGUUGACGAGCAGAAUCCUCGUCACCGGCCUUGGCUGCCUCACCGUAACUACUACUCCACGGAUGUGUUGCCCGUGGUACCAGGAGAGAUCUAUCCCGUUGAUGUGGAAGUAUGGCCGACGAAUGUGGUAGUGGAGAAAGGAGGAAAGAUCAUCUUUGAGAUUUCCAGCGGAGAUACCCAAGGGAGCGGUAUCUUCCAGCACAACUGUCCCGUCGACAGGUCCAUCGAACGCUUCCAGGGCCAGAAUCACAUCCACUUCGGACUUGGCGACAAUUACGUGACUCUGCCCAUCAUCCCCUGA